CUGAAGCACAAACAAAGGAAAAUCAACUAAGCUCUGCUGGGAGGACAAAAAGCUGAUAAUGCUUGGGGUUGUUUCCUUUUUUAAGCACAGUUUGUCAGGACCGAAGAACAAACCUUAACUCCUACACUGAUAAGCAUCUUUACCAUCUCUGAUUCAUCAAGUUGCUCUUUUUCUUUUUUUUUUUCAAAGUAUGUGGAAGCGCUGAAAGGUUUGGUUCACUCUGAAAGGAAGGGAUAUGAAACGAGGAGAGGUUUAAAAAAGCUGUGGACUCUUGCUUGUGAAAAAGCUCAGAGAAAACCUCUCUCUGCCUGUCUGCACUUGGAUUCUUGUUUGGUGGAUGGCAGAUCUCACUAGACCGUGACCCAGCAUGCUUUAAGUCAUGCAUUGGUGACAUAACUAUGUCAGCUGGCUCUGGAAACGCUCCUUUUUCCCCCCGCAAAAAUAUCGAUUCUGUCACUAUGUUUGCAAUUUGAGUUUGAAAGAAAUUUGUUUUUUUGUAGUUUUUAUUUUUCUAAUUUGGGAGUUUAGAACUUUUUGCAGACAGAUAUUAUACGUAUUCUAUUACAUUUUCUCUUGAAUUUCCAAAUUUUGCUGCAAUCUCAAACCUUUCACAAUCACAGUUUUUCAAGUUUCUUAUUGGAUUCUCCUUGUUUUUCUCGACCUUCGUUCUCAGCCCCAGAGGAAAGUGGACAUAAAGCAAGCAUAUUGCAACACAAAUAUUCUCAUAAUCCACAACCUGCCCUCCUCAGUAUCUUUUUCAUCUUCCCUCGCUGCAGCCACCCUUCUUUCUAACACAAUGUUUGAGGAGCCAUGGAACUCCACAGAUCAGGUCGGGCUCAAUGGAUCAGAAGCAAACGCAUCUCUCGUAAGACGCUCAUAUGACAUAGAUGAGGAGGGGAACCAGCAUCCAUUUCUCACAGACGCCUGGCUGGUUCCGCUGUUCUUCUCUCUCAUUAUGCUGGUUGGACUAGUGGGCAACUCUCUUGUUAUUUAUGUUAUUUCUAAACACAGGCAGAUGAGAACUGCCACCAACUUCUACAUAGCAAACCUGGCUGCUACCGAUAUUAUCUUUUUGGUUUGCUGUGUCCCCUUCACUGCCACUCUCUAUCCCCUCCCCGGAUGGAUCUUUGGCAAUUUCAUGUGCAAAUUUGUUGCCUUUCUACAACAGGUGACGGUGCAAGCAACAUGUAUCACCCUGACUGCCAUGAGUGGAGACCGAUGUUACAUCACAGUCUAUCCUCUUAAAUCUCUCCGUCACCGGACUCCAAAAGUGGCCAUGAUAGUCAGUGUUUGCAUUUGGAUUGGCUCCUUCAUCCUUUCCACCCCAAUUUUAAUGUACCAGCGGAUAGAGGAGGGCUACUGGUAUGGUCCGAGACAAUAUUGUAUGGAGAGAUUUCCCUCCAAGACGCAUGAGCGUGCAUUUAUCCUCUACCAGUUUAUUGCCGCCUACCUGCUGCCGGUGCUCACAAUUUCUUUCUGCUACUCUAUGAUGGUAAAGAGAGUAGGUCAACCCACUGUAGAGCCUGUUGACAACAAUUAUCAGGUCAACCUCCUGUCUGAAAGAACGAUCAGCAUCAGGAGCAAAGUCUCCAAGAUGGUGGUGGUGAUUGUCCUUCUUUUCGCCAUCUGUUGGGGUCCCAUCCAGAUCUUUGUGCUUUUCCAAUCCUUCUAUCCAAAGUACCAACCUAACUACACAAUGUACAAGAUCAAGACCUGGGCUAACUGCAUGUCCUACGCCAAUUCCUCAGUCAACCCCAUAGUUUAUGGCUUUAUGGGAGCGAGCUUUCAAAAGUCCUUUAGAAAAACCUUCCCAUUCCUGUUUAAACACAAGGUCAGAGAUAGUAGCAUGGCUUCAAGGACUGCUAAUGCUGAGAUCAAGUUUAUUGCUGCAGACGAAGGCAAUAAUAAUAAUGAUGUGAACUGACUCUGACAAUUCAACAAAUUUAAAGACAAAGAUAAAGAUUCCUGAGAAAUUUGGCUACUUAUGUCGGUCAGAUGGUUUUGUAACUAUCCUCAGUGAAUUACUGUUCGAUCUUAGACAAAGACACUGUGCUUGAUAUUCUUAUUCACAUUGUGUUUAUUGUUGUAAGUAAGUGAAUGACUACAAACAGUUAAUGGAAACUGGAAUCAGUCGUUUAUACUAAAAUACAUUAAUAGGUUCUUGCCUAUAAUUAAUAGUUCUU